GAGACGCUCUGCUCAAGUCGUGAAAACGUGACGGUGUGAUCACUGAAACCAUGCUGAAGGAAGUGCUUCUUCUCGUAUGCCUCCUGAGCAUCGCUCAGGCUCAAAGUUUUGACAGACCCUCUCGUCUCUCUAGAAUCCAACAGCUCUUUGAGCGUGUUUGUCAGAACCGACGCAUUCCACCGUUUCGUCGGCGUCUUUGUUUCAGACUGGAGCAACAGCUAAAUGCUUUUGCUGCAACUACCACCACUGCUGAAUCCACUACACCUGCUGAAUCCACUACAGCUGCUGAAUCCAAUACAGCUGCUGAAUCCACUACAGCUGAUGAAUCCACUACAGCUGCUGAAUCCAAUACAGCUGCUGAAUCCACUACAGCUGAUGAAUCCAAUACAGCUGCUGAAUUCACUACACCUGCUGAAUCCACCACAGCUGCUGAAUUCACUACAGCUGCUGAAUUCACUACAGUUGCUGAAUCCACUACACCUGCUGAAUUCACUACACCUGCUGAAUCCACCACAGCUGCUGAAUUCACUACAGCUGCUGAAUCCACUACACCUGCUGAAUCCACCACAGCUGCUGAAUUCACUACAGCUGCUGAAUUCACUACAGUUGCUGAAUCCACUACACCUGCUGAAUUCACUACACCUGCUGAAUCCACCACAGCUGCUGAAUUCACUACAGCUGCUGAAUCCAAUACAGCUGCUGAAUCCACUACAGCUGAUGAAUCCACUACAACUGCUGAAUCCAAUACAGCUGCUGAAUCCAAUACAGCUGCUGAAUCCACUACAGCUGAUGAAUCCAAUACAGCUGCUGAAUUCACUACACCUGCUGAAUCCACCACAGCUGCUGAAUUCACUACAGCUGCUGAAUUCACUACACCUGCUGAAUCCACCACAGCUGCUGAAUUCACUACAGCUGCUGAAUCCACUACACCUGCUGAAUCCACCACAGCUGCUGAAUUCACUACAGCUGCUGAAUCCACUACAGUUGCUGAAUCCACUACACCUGCUGAAUUCACUACACCUGCUGAAUUCACUACAGUUGCUGAAUCCACUACAGCUGAUGAAUCCAAUACAGCUGCUGAAUUCACUACACCUGCUGAAUCCACCACAGCUGCUGAAUCCACUACGGUUGCUGAAUCCACUACACCUGCUGAAUCCACCACGGUUGCUGAAUCCACUACACCUGCUGAAUCCACCAUAGUUGCUGAAUCCACUACACCUGCUGAAUCCACCACGGUUGCUGAAUCCACUACACCUGCUGAAUCCACUACACCUGCUGAAUCCACCACAGCUACUGCAUCUAUCAUUGAUGUUUUGCUACAGUUCUAUGAGCGUAUUUGUCAAAAUGGACGCAUUCCACUGUUUCGUCGGCCUCUUUGUUUCCUCCUCGAGCAAAAAGUAAAUGCUCUUGCUGUAGCUACCACCACUGCUUAAUCCACCACAACUACUGAAUCCACUACGGCUGCAAAUACUGUUUGCCCAGCUUCUGCUACUAACAACUAAAAUCUGACAUGCAAAUAUUAACAAAUAAAACCUGUUGAAUGACACAGUGGUUGAGAUAUCAGUUUGAGUAGUGAGAACCCACAAGAGCUGAAAAUGAUGUCUUAAUGAUUGUGUCUUCAUUAUUCAAGUUCAAGAAAGUAUGCUAACCAAAAUCUCCUUCUUCUCUGUGCAAUUUCCAUAAUAAACUUGGAUCAAUGCAAAAUA